AUGAAGAGGAAGAAUAAGACGACCGCGACGACCAAGGGGCGGCUGCAAGUUCGCCCGAUCCUACCUACUUCCGGCUCAAUCUGGAACGGAUUGGACAAGAAGGAGGUAAGCACGCGUAAAUCCGGUCCCUGGCCGGCGGCCCUACCAAGUCCCGAGGGCAACGAGGCUGACGAAAAUGGGGCAUCCCACUUCCGAACCAGCAACACCUCCGGGAAGAAGCAGCGCGACGUGGUGACGGGAUACAGCUCCGGAUCCAGGAGACGGCCGGCUUUCUUUGUCGGCUGCGAGGCCAAGGCUAUCGUUCACGGCACUCUCAGCCGGGUGUCGGGCACUCGGUCGACGCUGCUCGUCUACGGCUUCUGCUUCUUGUCGUACCCUCGUUCUUGGGAGGGCUGUCGGGUUGGCGGCGGCGGCAUCAUUGGUCAGGCGGGCGGCAAGUUCGCGAAGACGAUUGAGCAGACCGAGACGUACGCGGCCGAGGUGACGGGCAAUCGGCCGCCGGACGAGUGGGGGAACCACUUUGAGGCGUCGUGGUCGCUCAAGGAGAAUUCGUCGCAGCCGAGCGGGAUCCGCUUCCUGCUCGACCACGCCGCCGUCGUCCGCCUCCUAAUCGAGAGCGGUGCCGAUGCCCGUGUCGAGUGCGGGCUCUAUGACGGAGACAGAGACGCUAUUGAGUCUCUCAGCCCGCUGACCCUAGCCCGCCGCAGCAGCUCUGCCUACGAGGUAGUCAGCGCCCUGGAGGUGCUCCUCCAGGACCUCCGCCUGGAUAAAGAUGAUGCCGGCAAGCCUAAAUGCACCUCCUGCCCCGACUUCGACGUCUGUAGCAAGUGCUACCCCACCAUAAAGAAAUACCACCACGGCGGUAUCUCGGACGAGGACUCGCCAUACGAGUUCCGUCGCGCUCCCAGGGACGCCAACGGCGAAGGAAAACGGUAUUUCGAGUGGCGAUGCUUCAAGGGUGAAACUUGGGCCUGA